UUAACAUCACUCUCGAAUGUUUUUGGUCACCAUAUUAUUGUUGGUAGCCAUGGCGUACCAUCCCGUAACACUUCGAGGGCUAGCUGUUGCACAUAUGGUGUUUGGCUCUUUGAUGGUCAUACUGGGAAUUGCAUCCCUUAUUGCGGUGGAUCACUGGUGUCCUAAGAUCGGUUACGGCGUUUGGCUUGGCAUUUGGAUUCUUCUCACAGGACUCUUUGGCUUCAUUGGUGCAAAAGAUGAUUUAACUCCUAACAAGUGUUUGAUUGGCACUUACAUGGGAUUUGCCAUCACAGCUUGUGUUUUGACUUUCUGCAUGUUCAUCACCUACUGCAUUGCUCUGGCUAAUUAUUCUGAGAUCCGUAACUGCAAGACUUACCGUUUAGGUUCCUACAACACCUUUAGUUACAAAACCUAUUGUAACUCUGCGAGCAAGAGGCAUAUGGCUGCUGUUGGACUUGGUUUGGGUUCUUGCUUGCUUAUUUGCGCUAUUGUUGAGUUCAUUUUGGCUCUUACUUCAUCAAUCUACUGCUGUGGGGCUGUUUGCUGCAAUACCCCAAGCGCUGUGGUGAGUUCUGCUGUGACCAAUCAACAAGUGACAUACAUUCAGCCUGGGCAGCCUGCGUAUACAGGACCACAGGGAGGCAUGGUUAUCUUUCAGCCAACUGGUGCAGUUACAACUGCAACACAAGCUUACCCAGUGGUUGCCCAGCCUCAAGUUUACGUUCAACAGCAAGUUCAUCCAGGGGUAACCAUCCAGCAGCCAGCCUACUGGGCUCUUCCCCCCGGGUCCAACCCAGCUGGUACAGUGACUGUGACACAGACAGGCGCUCUUAGCCCUCAGAUACAGACUCAAGUACAAUCUCAGACAACAGUUACCAAUGAAAGGCCGCCACUUUAUGCCGCAUAUAUGCAGACAAGCAAUCCUCCACCUUGAGGUGUUUCAGUUGAUGUUACCUGUUGUCAGACCGGUUGAUAUCCGAGUCUCUAGUGUGAUGGGGCAUAAUUUAUUUCGAAAGUUUCUGUAAUAGUUGAACAAACACUAGCGUAGCCAUAGGACCAUUUCAUUUGAACUCGACGAAUGGGUUGGCUGGAAUUGUCCCCUUUUUGUAUGGAAAUAAUUUUCAUCUAGUUAACAAGAUGUAUUUUUGUCCCAGUAAUCGGACUGCAGUCUUCUAGAGAUAUAUUGUCGUACUCCAUUACCGAGAUUUAUUUCACGAGAAGCAGGAUCGUAGUAAGCUCUUUAGCUCACCUUCCCAGCUCACUUCUUCUCAUGAAAACAGUAUAAUUUUGAGCAAUGAACAUUGUGGAAGAGUGCAUGAGAUUCUGGUAAUCAAGCCAGCCUGGUCGACCAGGCCCGCUUGAAGAGUCUGAGACCCAUUAAGUUCCCUCAUUUUUUUCCUACUUUCUUUAUUGUUGUUAAUCUGAAUUUUCAAAUGGAGGCUCCUCAAGUGACUCCCCGUGGUUUAGCUGACUCCAAACUAGAAAUUUUGUAACCCAAUGGUUCCGAGUUUGACUAAUCUCCAAUGGUUAUUACCUUUCAAUCAAUUUUUCUGACAGUCGUGGCAACCAUCUUUAGCAUAUGGUCCAUAAUAAUUUUGAAGUUGUGUGCGCGUAGUUAUAGUGUAGCAGUUGUUGUUUUAGUAAUAGCACAAGGCUCGAUAUUUGAUAUUGAGCGAGAGGGGGCACUUAACUGUUCUUCGAUUAAAUGGAAGAAGGGAAUUAUUUCCUUUCUGAGCAUUUGCAGUUUAUGCCGAAAUGAGUGUCAAGAGCCUCAAAUAGUUGUGCAAGGGGGGGGAAUGUUAUUUAACUGUCAAGUAGUUUACUUCGAAUUCUGUGAUCUUGCAUGCGAACAAGGAUACAUACACUUAAGUUAUACUUAAUAUUUUUCUUUGUAUGCUGGGGAUUAUAUAAAGAGACCAAUUCCACUGUGGUAGUUUCUUCUGAAAUAGUACAUCCUUGCGCCCAUUUAUUGUGGGUAGGUCCUACAAAUUUCGUACAAAUCUUCUUAAAUAAUUAUUUGCUAAAUUCAAGAUUGGUGGGAGCCUGGUGCUACUCUCUUGAAAUCAAAUUUCCCUUUUUUUUCUAACAAUAUGAUGACUUUUUGGGUAUAUUCACCAAUCUCGUUCCCGGUGUGCUUUUCGCUCCUAAUGCUUGCACGUCCCUCCCAGAGAGGCGCUUUAGGAACAUCACUGAAAAUUUGCCAUAAAAAGUUUCAUAUUAGAAUGUAUUUUGUAUAGAAUUUUUCUCCGGUAUUUAUUGUUAUCGUAUUAUCGUGUUAUCGUCUCCGGUAUUUAUCGUUAUUGUUAUAUUGUUAUCAAUUAUUUUGUAGGGUGACACAGAUUGUUAAUGAUUUUAUAGUAUGCCCCAUCAGUCCAAUAAAGAUGUCAUUGCGAACAACACGGAAUGUUCGUGAUAUUUA